AUGUUACGACAGUUGAGUCUCAAAUACAAUAUAUUUACGAGUAUAGCUCUCACAAAGUCAGAAAGCAAUUCAGUGGGCACACUGGCAAAUACUUCCUAUGCCUUGAAGGACAAUAUCGUUACUCGUGACGCGCCUACAACAUGCUCCUCGAGAAUUCUUACCAAUUAUGUCUCUCCAUUUGAAUCUACCGUAAGCAGACUAUUGGCCGAGGAGGGUUCGCAUCUAGUGGGGAAGACAAACAUGGACGAAUUUGGCAUGGGGAACUCCUGUUUGAAUUCGCAUUUUGGGCCCACCCUGAAUCCUUUGUACGAACAAAAAUCAGACAUAGUAGAUCUUAAGGAAAAGGAGUUCUGGACCAGAGGUGAAAAAAUAACCGAGGACCUUACCUUCGAGAAUCCACACACAGACACUUAUUUGCAUCGAAAUUACCUAGUUUCUGAACUCAAAUCGGAUUACAAAGUUGACCCUGAAAUGAGGAUUGUUGGUGGAUCGUCAGGAGGAUCUGCUGCGGCGGUUGCAGCUGAUUUAGUAGACUAUGCUGUAGGAACAGAUACUGGAGGGUCAGUCAGAUUACCAUCAUGCUACACAUCCAUAUUCGGUUUCAAGCCAUCUUACGGAAGAAUCUCAAGAUGGGGGUUGAUACCAUACGCUCAAUCGCUGGACACAAUUGGCAUUAUGUCUAAAGACAUAAAGUUGGUCAGGAGAGUAUUUGGUGUAUUAGACAAGUACGAUAGCUCAGACCCCACGUCAGUCUCACAAGAGAACAGAAUAUAUGACGACAAUCUGAACUCCAAAAUUAAAAUAGGUAUCCCUGCCGAGAUGAGCUUGGGGAACCUGGAAGAUGAUGUGAAAGAAAAAUGGAGGAAGAUGCUCAAACAGCUGCAAAAAUCCCCCAAAUUUGAGCUCUUUCUGAUAUCUCUGCCUUCACUUUCGAAGAGCCUCCCUGCAUAUUACACUCUGGUGACUUCUGAGGCAUCUUCUAAUUUAGCCAGAUACGAUGGAAUAAGAUACGGAUAUCGCACCGGCGAAUAUACCAGUGUCGAGCCAGAGUUUGCCAAAACCCGAUCCGAGGGAUUCGGUGUUGAAGUUAAGCGUCGGAUAAUUCUGGGGUCGUAUUCUUUGUCCUCUUAUGGUUACAAAAGUCAUUUCAUGAAUGCUACCAAUGUAAGGUCUAAGCUGAUUCAAGAGUUCAAUAGAGUUUUCAAAGAGCCACACAUGCUGAAUAAAAACCACAAUCCUGAUGGCAUUGACUUCAUUUUGUGCCCAACUGCUACCUCUUUGCCUCCUCUUGUGUCGCAAUACCAAAAAGUCACUCCCGUGGAGUCAUAUAUGAACGAUAUCCUGACCGUCCCAUUUUCUCUUGCUGGACUUCCUGCAAUUAACAUCCCACUUGGAAGAUCGGUAGGUUUCCAAGUGGCCGGACAAUUAGGCCACGAUUAUAAAGUUUUGAAGUUCGCGCAAAUGAUAGAUGAGUUGCAGAUAAGAUGA